AUGAAGAUGCACUUCUGUAUCCCGGUGUCCCAGCAGCGGCCCGACGCGCUGGGGGGCCGCUACGUGCUGUACUCUGUGUACCUGGAGGGGUCCCUCUUCUGCCGGGUGCGCUACAGCCAGCUGCAUCGUUGGAAUGAACAGCUGAGACGGGUCUUUGGAAAUUGCCUGCCACCCUUUCCACCAAAGUACUAUCUUGCAAUGACCACGUCGAUGGCUGAUGAGCGGAGGAACCAGUUGGAACAAUAUUUGCAAAAUCUAUCCAUGGAGCCAAGUGUGUUGAGAAGCGAUGUCUUCGUUGAUUUUUUCAAACAGUUGCAGCUGAGCACGUUUAACAUCAUGACCAAGAAGACCUCUCUGGACAUAUUUCUGCCUGAUGGGAAGAGUAUUAAAAUUGAAAUUGUAACAUCAGAUACUGCUGAACGAGUCCUGGAGUUAGUGUCCCACAGAAUCGGGCUGUGUCGGGAGCUCCUGGGCUACUUUGGCCUGUUUCUCAUUCGACUUCAAAAGGAGGGCAAGCUCUCAGUCAUGAAAAAAAUGGCGGACUUUGAACUGCCUUAUGUUAGUCUUCAAAAUUUUGAAGUGGAAAACUGUCAGGUUGGAUUCAGAAAGUGGUAUAUGGAUCCAUCCCUUGACUCCAUGCUGAUGGACUGCAAAGUGGCUGUAGAUUUGAUCUACCAGCAGGCAAUACAGGACAUUGAAAAAGAAUGGGCCAAACCCACACAGGCGCAGAGGGAGAAAUUAGCUACACUUCAGAAAGAAGACAGUCAGACAAAGUUUUUGGAGCUGUCUCGAGAGGUAUGGCACUAUGGAUGCUUGCAGCUGGACCCCUGUACCUGUGACUACCCAGAACCAGGCUGUCUAGCUGUUGUUUCUGUUGGCAACAAUGAAAUCAGCUGCCACAUAACCCUGCCUGAUGACCAAACUGAGGACAUUAUUUUCCUGAUGAACAGGGUCAAGUGCUGGCAGGUCACUUUCCUUGGGACACGGCUGGAUAGGGAUGGGCCUCCGCGAACUCUCAACCAGAACUUAGAGCUCAGAUUUCAGUACUGCAAGGACAGCCGCUGGCAGUGGUUUGUCAUCUACACCAAACAGGCUUUUUUGCUGAGUAGCUGCCUGAAGAAGAUGAUCUCAGAAAAGCUGGUGAAGCAGGCUGCAGAGAACCCGGAAAUGCAGAUUGAAGUUCCGGAACAAGGCAAAAGCAGAAGAAACCACAUUCAACAAAGCCAGUGGAAAGAUUAUUCUAAUUUUCUACCAAGAAAAAGCAAGAUUUCUAUUAAAGUAGCUGAAGAUGACAGUGUUUUUGGGACCAUAAAGGAAGAAGAUCUUUGA